AUGGACAUCGUCAUCGGCAUCCUGUUCAUGCUGGGCCUCAUGCCGUUCGAGGUCACCACGGCCGCCGGCGAUGGUGGCGUGUUCUGCGACAACCUCAGGCUCGUGUCCGCCACCCUACCCAACAAAACCUCCUCCUCCUCGCAGCACUACGCCACCGACGCCGCCGGCCAAGAUCCCGACGUGGCGUACGUCCUCGCGCUCUGCCGCGGCGACGUCAACGGCUCCGCCUGCGGCGAGUGCGUCGCCGACACUCUGAGGACGUUGAACGACCAGUGCGGCGUCUACAACGGCGGCACUUACUUCAACGGCAGCUGCACCGUCGCCUACUCCUUCCAGAACCUUCUCGAGCCUUCCAACGCGGAGGAGCCCUUCGAGAGGUGGAACGUCAACAACAUCACCGGCGACGCGGAGAACGUCCGGUUCAUCGCCGGCCUCAUCGGCGAGCUGCUGUCGGAGACGGUGCGGACGGCGGCCGGCGAGGCGAGGCGGUUCGCGACGGGCGUGCUGGACACCGGCAGGACGUUCCCGCUGGUGCGCUCGAUGGCGCAGUGCACGCCGGACCUUUCCGCCGGCGACUGCCUGACCUGCCUCCGCCGCCUCACCGGCAUGAUCAACUCCACCAUGGCCGUGCGUAUGGGAGGGCAGAUGCAUGUCAUACGGUGUUAUUUCAGGUACGAGGCGUACUUGUUCUACGAAGGCCAACCUAUGGUGCGUCUCACCGGCGUGGCGGCGCCGCCGCUGGCUCCGGUGAGCCCGACCAACACCAAAAGUAAGAGGCAUAAGAGCAAGCUCUGGAUAAUUCCCAUUGUCCUAAUUCCAGUGGUGGUCUUUUUCUGCUUCAUUAUUUACUUUGGCUGCCAGAGAAAGCACAGAAAAGGUAAAUUAGGAUUACAAGAAAGCCGUACUGAGAACUUGCAAGGAGAGGAAGAUCUAGUUCUGGGACUGGAAGGAAAGAAUCCAGAGUUCUCUGUGUUUGACUUUGAUCGGGUACUGGAGGCUACAAGUAAUUUUUCUGAAGAAAACAAACUUGGACAAGGUGGUUUUGGAGCUGUUUACAAGGGCCAGUUUUCUGAUGGAAUGGAUAUAGCAGUUAAGAGACUUGCUACACAUUCAGGACAGGGUUUGAUAGAGUUUAGGAACGAAGUCAAGCUCAUUGCCAAACUACAACACAGGAAUUUGGUUAGGCUCUUGGGAUGUUGCUCUCAUGGAGAGGAAAAAAUAUUGGUCUACGAAUUCUUGCCAAACAAAAGCUUGGACUUCUUUAUCUUUGAUGAAAAUAAAAGAGCUUUGCUGGAUUGGUACAAGCGUCUAGAAAUAAUUGAAGGAAUAGGACAUGGACUUCUUUACCUACAUAAGCACUCACGGUUGAGUGUCAUACAUCGAGAUCUUAAACCAAGCAACAUUCUAUUGGAUAGUGAAAUGAACCCUAAAAUUUCAGACUUUGGUCUAGCGAGAAUAUUUAGCUCAAAUAGCACGGAAGGAAACAAAACAAGAAGAGUGGUUGGUACAUAUGGCUACAUGGCUCCUGAGUAUGCUUCCCUAGGCCUCUUCUCUAUCAAAUCAGACGUAUUCAGCUUUGGCGUUCUAUUUCUUGAGAUUCUUAGCGGAAAAAGGAAUUCUGGUUUCAAUCAUAGCGGAGACUUCAUCAAUCUCAUUGGAUUUGCGUGGUCAUUAUGGGGAGAGGGAAGAUGGGUUGAACUCAUGGAUGAAACAUUAGUUUCUGAGAAUCAUUCUGCAGAAAUGAUGAGGUGCAUCAACAUCGCAUUGCUGUGUGUACAGGAGAACGCAGCUGAUCGACCAACCAUGUCAGAUGUUGUUGCAAUGCUAAGCAGCAAGACUAUGGUCCUUUCUGAACCUAAGCACCCGGCGUAUUUCAAUGUAAGAGUGGCGAAUCAAGAGCAAUCUGGUGUUACUAGUGUUAAUGAUUUGACCAUAUCCGUCAUAAGUGCUAGAUAGCAUGGUCUUCAUGUGUCAUGUUUGGUUAUCCAUUGUAGUAUUGAAGAUAUCAUAAACAAAUUAUAAUUUUCUGUCAUUCUGAGGUAUGUCAAUUGUGGGAGUAGAUCUGUAUUUAUUUAGUCGGAGUAGCAAAUCAAAACCAUAAUUAAGGUAGGUCCCCAUUUUGACAGGAUGUAUAAUUUCCUACCCAAGUGAAAAUACUGGGUAUGGCCUGGUUCAAAAUUAAACAUUGGUUACAAUAGUUAGCUGAAUGUACAAUUCGCUUAAAU